CCCACUUCCAGCAUCACGGCCGGCCCCCCGCCCUGUGCCUGGGAUUGGCGAGCUCGGAGCGUUACGGAGGGGGGGAUUGAGGGGAAGGCGGGCAGAGCCCCCCCAGCUCCGCACAUCCCCGGUAUCACUGGGUGUGCGCCGCGCUUGGAGCAUUACGGCGAGGGGGGGCUGCGAGGGAGGCGGGGAGAGCCCCCUCGGUGCUUGGAUUGGCGUGCGCAGCGCUCGGAGCAUUACGGGCCCCCCCCUCCGCCGUCCCCGGUAUCGGCGGGCGCCGCUCGGGGCGCCGCCGCCGCCGCCGCGCCCGCAGCGGAGCUGUCCGCGGUGCUGACCGCCGCCGCCGGCCAUGGGCCCGCCGCCCGCGCUGCUCCUGCCGCUCCUCGCCGCGCUGCUCCUCGCCCCGGCACACGGCUUCAACGGGCUGGCGAGGAAGGCCGGGGAGAGCGCUGAGGUGGAGCCGACGGCGCUGCCCACAGAGCCGGCGGAGCGGGAGGCCGAGGCUCGCUUUGUGAGCACCGCGCCCACGCUCAAGAUCCUCAACCACCACCCGCUGCUGGAGGACCUGCUGCACGAAGCCUUCCUCAAGAAGGACUACCUGGCCCAGGCGCCUUUCCUGCCCGCCGGGGCCGGUCCCCUCCUCCCUGGCGGUGCCCUCCAGCCGGCCCCCGGCCCCCCAGAACCCGAGCCAUCCCCCCGCACCCCUGCCCUGCCCCGGCCCGCCUUCCCCACCGACCCCCUGACCACGCCAGCGGGGCGCCCCGGGCCGUGGGGGGAGGCGUGGGGGGCUGUGCCAAGCGCAGACCCCUCGUGGUCCCCAUCUGGGGUGCCAGAGUCAAGCACGGCAUCCCCCAGCCAGGCACCCACCACGCCCAGCACAUCCCUGGCACCCCACGCCGGGGCCACUGCGGUGCCUGGCGAUGAGGAGGGGACCACCACCACAUCCACCAUCACCACCACCACUGUCACCACGCUGCAGGGGCCAGCUCCCUGCAACCGGACGCUGGCGGGUCCCGAGGGCUGGCUGGUGUCCCCAGAGCCAGCUGGUGUCCCCUAUGAUGGCAGCCUGGACUGCACCUACACCAUCUCUGUCUACCCUGGCUAUGGUGUGGAGCUCAAGGUAGAGAACAUCAGCCUGGCAGAAGGGGAGACGCUGACGGUGGAGAGCGCGGGAGGGCUGGAGCCCAACCUGCUGGCCAACGAGUCCUUCCUGCUGCGGGGCCAGGUCAUCCGCAGCCCAGCCAACCUCCUCACCCUCCGCUUCCAGAGCCCCCGGCCCCCCAGCCCCGGCUCCUACCACUUCCAUUACCAAGCCUACCUGCUGAGCUGCCCCUUCCCGGCACGGCCGGCUUUCGGCGAGGUCUCGGUGAGCAGCCUGCACCCCGGUGGGGAUGCCCGUUUCCGCUGCUCCACGGGAUACCAGCUGCAGGGCGCCCGCCGGCUCGUGUGCCGCAACGCCACCCGCCCUUUCUGGAGUGCCCGUGAGCCCGUCUGCCUCGCGGCGUGUGGCGGGGUGGUGCGGAACGCCACCGUGGGACGCAUUGUGUCACCCGGCUUUCCCGGGAACUACAGCAACAACCUGACGUGCCACUGGCUGCUGGAAGCGCCGGACGGGCACCGCCUGCACCUCCACUUUGAGAAGGUGUCGCUGGCAGAGGAUGAUGACAGGCUCAUCAUUCGCAACGGCAACAACGUGGAGGCCCCGCCGGUGUACGACUCCUACGAGGUGGAGUACCUGCCCAUCGAGGGGCUGCUCAGCACCGGCCGCCACUUCUUCGUCGAGCUCACCACCGACAGCAGCGGGGCCGCGGCGGGCAUGGCGCUGCGCUAUGAGGCCUUCGAGCAGGGGCAUUGCUAUGAGCCCUAUGUCAAGUAUGGGAACUUCACGGCCAGCGAUCCCCGGUACCCCGUGGGCACCACGGUGGAGUUCAGCUGCGACCCUGGCUACACGCUGGAGCAGGGCUCCACCAUCAUUGAGUGUGUGGACCCCAAUGACCCACAGUGGAAUGAGACAGAGCCAGCGUGCCGUGCGGUGUGCAGCGGGGAGCUGACAGACACAGCUGGAGUGGUGCUGUCACCCAACUGGCCAGAGGCGUACGGCAAAGGCCAGGACUGCAUCUGGGGGCUGCACGUGGAGGAGGACAAGCGCAUCAUGCUGGACGUCCGUGUGCUGCGGCUGGGCUCGGGGGACAUGCUGACCUUCUACGACGGGGACGACCUGACGGCGCGCAUCCUGGGCCAGUACACGGGCGCCCGCGGCCGCUUCAAGCUCUACGCGUCCACCGCCGAUGUCACCGUGCAGUUCCAGUCUGACCCCGGGGCCGGGGCCUUUGCCUACCGGCAGGGCUUUGUCAUCCACUUCUCCGAGGUUCCCCGUAACGACACCUGCCCUGAGCUGCCGGACAUUGCCAAUGGCUGGAAGACGUCCUCACAGCCAGAGCUUCUCCAUGGCACUGUGGUCACAUUCCACUGCUACCCCGGCUUCCAGCUGACUGGCACUGACCUCCUGAUGUGCCACUGGGACCUGACGUGGAGCGGUGACCUGCCCUCCUGCGAGCGGGUGACAACCUGCCGGGACCCUGGCGAUGCUGAGCACAGCCGCAGGGUGGUCUCCAACCCCAAAUUCCCGGUGGGAGCCACCGUGCAGUACGUCUGUGACAAGGGCUACGUCCUGGCGGGCGCCGGGACCCUCACCUGCCACGACCGCGCCGCGGGGGGACCCAAGUGGAGUGACCGCCUCCCCAAGUGCAUCCCCGAGACCUACGAGCCCUGCCACAACCCCGGCGUGCCGGCGGGCGGGCGGCAGAGCCCGGAGCGGCGGCUGUACCCGGCGGGAGCCACGCUGCACUUCUCCUGCACGGCCGGCCGGGCGCUGCUGGGCGAGAGCAGCCUGCGCUGCCUGCCCGGGCACCCCUCACGCUGGAGCGGCUCCCCUCCCAUCUGCAAGGCGGCCUCCUACGAUGAGUUUUAUAGCAACCGCAACCUGGAUGCUGUGGCCAAGGCUGUGCCCUCGGGGACGACGCUGGAGGGCACCAACGUGGCCAUCGCUGUCUUCCUGCCCGUGCUGGUGGUGGCCCUGCUCAUCGGGGGCAUUUAUCUCUACUUCUCCAAGCUCCAGGGGAAGCCAGCCCUGCAGCUGCCCCUGGCUGGCUCCCACCCCUACGACCACAUCACCGUGGAGUCGGCUUUUGACAAUCCCACCUAUGAGACAGGAUCUGUUUUCUUUGCAGGACACGAGGGAAUAUGAGGUGUCCAUCUAGGUGUGGGCAGCGUGGAGCAGGGCGCUGCAGCCACCCCUCCCCUCCGUGCCCGCCGGCCCCGGCACGGGCUGGGAGCACCUCUCCCAAGGAGACUCAAGCCGAGCGCUUGGCAGGACCCACCUGGGCACCGGCCACUCCCCUGCCACCCCCGACCCACCCGGACCCCCGAGGGCUCUGCCCGAGCCCCACUGUCACCCAGCCCCCCGCUCCGGGCUCAUGAGAGGCUGAGCCAGCGAGGGUCCCCGGACCCCAUCCUGUCCCCCGGCCCCUGAGCCAGUCAGGGUCCCCGGACCCCAUCCCGCCCCCCGGCCCCUGAGCCAGCCAGGGUCCCCGGACCCCACCCUGCCCAUCGGUCCCCCCAGCGGGAAAACAGCAGCCCCCGCAGUCCCCGCGACGGAGGAGUGACACAGGCAGGGGGAGCAGCGCUGUGGGGACCCCCAGGUAAGGACAGGGCUCCCCGGGGCUGCAGCGGGGAGGGGACAAAGCCCCGGGGGUGGGCGAGGGGCUUGGGUGGCCAUGUGGGUGCCCCCCCCGCCCUCGCCCCCCACCCAGCACAGGGCUGGUCCCCCCCGUGUCUCCCACCGCCGCCACGCAGGGACGUGUCCCUCCCCUGUCCCCAGCAUGCUGCGUGUCCCCCCGGCCCCCGCUUGCUUCGCCCUCACCGGGGGGGGGUCCCUUCCGCCACCAGCGUGUCCCCCCCGCGCGUCCCGGCACCGCAGAGUGACGGGGUGGGCAGGGGCACCGGGCAUGGCUGUGCCCCCUCCCACCGCCGCGUCCCGCCCGGGCUGGUGACCCCGGCCACCGCCGCCCCCUCGAUCUGGAGGGGACACCGCCCCCCUCCCCAUCUUUUGGUUGUUUCAUUAAUAAAAACUGGUGUUUUAGAAGAA